AUGCUAAGAGAGAGACAGGCUCAAGAGCUUUCUGCCCUGCUGAAAGGGGAGACAUUUGAGUGGUCUAUCCUAAUAUUGGACAAGGAGGGCCAGGAUGUAAUCUCUCCACUAUUCGUUAUGACGGACCUUAUGGAGGUGGGGGUUGUGCAGUGUCUGAAGAUGGAGGACGUGCGGGAGAGAAACCCCGAGACAAGGGCGAUAUACUUUGUAAAGGCCUCAGAGGAGAACGUAGACCGCAUAGUGGAGGAUGCGAAGAUGGACUUGUACAGCCGAGUGGAGGUUCUGUUCACGGGCAUAGUCAGCACGUCUCUUCUCAGAGACAUGUCGAUCAGGCUGGCCUCAAUAAAGGAGGCAAAUCGCGUGGUGAAAGUGUUCGAUGCAAUAUCCACGCACUCGUGCCUUCACGAAAACAUGUACACUCUCGGGAUAGAAAAGUCGUACGCGCAGACUGUGCGAAUGACGGAGAGUCUCGGGGUGAGUCCGGUCGCCCUCGCACAGGCGGAAAUGGCAGAGCAUGCGGAUGCACCGGGCGAUGACACGGGAGAAGCCAGCCCUGAAGGAGAGAGUGAAAAUGCGGGGGAGCAGGAGGAGUACGUUGAAAAGGCGAAGAUGGCCCUUUUGUCGAUUUUCAAGGGAAUGCCCGCUCCUGCCGUAUACCACAACCACAAGCUCUCGCAGAGAAUAGCCGCGGGAUUUCUCGAGAGACUUGCGGAAAUAGCAGACCUCCAAGGGGGCAGGGCGUCUUCCAGGCUGAGAAAAGCCAAGCGCCCGCUCCUCAUCAUUUUAGACCGGAGCGAGGACUUGGUUGGGCCGAUGUACCACACGAACUCGUACGGGGCAAUGAUCAACGAAAUAUUUGACUUUAAGCUGAAUAAGCUUGUGAUCCACGACGCAGUGAAGAAGGCUGGAGAAAGCACGGGGGAAGCAGCGUACAACCUGAACAGGUACGACGAGUUCUACAACGAGAACAUAAACGAGCCCUUUACCUCGGUCGUUGACAAAGUGAAUGAAGACCUUCUCGCGUACAAGGAGAUGUCCAGCAGCACGGCCAUAAACAUGAACAGCGGAAACGAGGAGAUGAUGAAGUCUCUUGUAAAGCUCCCGGAUCUUGUCGGAAAGAACAAGCUCCUGUACAACCACAUGAACAUUGUCCUGAAUGCGAUAGAGGCCAUAAAGAGCAAGCACUUAGAUGAGCUCUUUUCCAUAGAGGAGGGGAAGUCCCUGGACCUUGCGGAGGUUGAGGAGGCCGUGGGCAAGAUAGACGAGACGGAGCUGACUCGCCUGUGCGUGAUCGUGCAGAAUCGGUUCAGCAGGCAGUAUCCGGACGUGUACAAAAUGGCCGAGGGCCGAGUGAAGAACAGCCCCGUGCUGAAGUACGUAGAGGAAAACACGGUGAAGCACGGCAUGCGGAGCAAAAUCAUAAACAACCUCAAGAAGAUGAUUGGCGUGGGAAAAGACGGGGUUUUGCGCCGGAUAGAGGAGGUGUACACUAAAAGAGCAGAGGAGUACUCUUCAGUAAAUGUGUUCAUUCUGGGGGGCGGCACGUACGAGGAGUACAGGGCCGUGGUGGAGUAUGGGAAGGCGCAGGGCGUGGAAGUUUCCUACGGGAGCACAGAAAUAUUUUCAGCGCCCGAGUUUAUAUCGCAGAUAAAGAGCAUCGCGGAAUAA